AUGAUUACAAGCACACACACCCACACGAGGGUCACAGGGGGAGCUGGCGAUGAGACGGGAAGGGGAUGGUUUCAGGGUGGAGUUGCAGCCGCUGAUAAAAAGCAGCGUCAGGUGACGGCCGCACCUGAGCCGACCACGCAGAGACUGAAUCUGUUGCUCGGAGGUUCAUCUGGUGUUUCGAUAUGUACGGAAACAACCAAGGAAAUCAGCAUCCUGGUUUUCCCAACCAGCAGGGGGGUCACCCAGUGUGUCCACCUGGUGGUGUGCCACCAGCGGUCUGCCCUCCUCAACCAGGGUACGGACCUGGACCUGGACCUGCAUUUCCUCCUGGACCCGGAUGUCCACCUGGACCUGGGUUACCACCUGGACCCGGGUUUCCUCCUGGACCCGGAUGUCCACCUGGACCUGGGUUACCACCUGGACCCGGGUUUCCUCCUGGACCCGGAGGGCCACCUGGACCUGGGUUACCACCUGGACCCGGGUUUCCACCUAGACCUGUAUGUCCACCUGGACCUGGGUUUCCACCUGGACCUGGACACAUACCGGGACCCGGCCAUGGACCUGGACCCGGCUAUGGGCCUGGACCUGGUUGCGGACCUGGCCAGGGUCCCUUCCCUGGACAGGACCACGGACACGGACACGGACCCGGACAUGGACACGGACACGGACACGGACCCGGACAUGGACACGGACACGGACAUGAACACAAGCACAAGCACAAGCACAAGAAACACAAGCACAAGCAUGACAAGCAUGACAAGAAAGGCCACGGGUCUUCCAGCAGCUCCAGCAGCGGCAGCGGCAGCGGCAGCAGCAGCAGCAGCGACUCUGACUAGAUGAGAAAUCUCUCAGUCCCUCAAGAAGCUUUCAUCCUCCAGCAGUAACACUGUUUCACAGCUCAAACGCUCUUCACAGAAUGACAUGUUCAUGUCUUUGCAUU